UAUUGAUUCGUUUCUCACGCCGAAGGGGAAAAUUCGAGAUCCAGUACGCCGUCGGUAGCCGAAAACGAAACACUGUUUCGAAAGGCAUGGAGUUCAGUUGGGAUCGCUAUCAUGGCUUCACGAAGAGACUCUCAAGUCUCGUCGGUCAAUGGCCUUACCAGAACAAAAAAGAGAAGCUAUUAAGGAUGAGCAUAACGACGACGGCUGUGCUUGUCAUGCACGUUCCACAGGUGUGCAAGUUUUUCAAUUGCAACAAAGACCUAAACUGUAUUUUCGGGACUGUGCCGGUGUACAUAUUAGUACUAGUGAUAAUAUUGAAGCUGUAUAUGGGCAACCUGAGGUCUAAUAAAAUUAAAGCUCUCACUGAUCGCGUGUUCAUCGAUUGGAAAAGACUGCGGAAUCAACAAGAGUACGAAAUUAUGAUGACUUACGUUGCAAGUGCUAGAUGGAUCGUCCGUUUCUAUUUUACCAUAUGUCUAAUAACUUGUAUUAUAUUCGUGUCAGUCGCACUCAUACCGCACAUACUGGACGUUAUAUUACCACUUAACGAAUCCCGCCCUAUAGUACUACCUUACGAGGCCUAUUAUUUCGUUGAUGAAAGAAAAUAUUUCUUUUAUAUCUUCUUACAAGGUGUCAUAACUAUUCAUAUAUGUUUAAUGGUACUUCUUGCUUACGAUACCAUGUUCAUGACCUUCGUCGAACAUGUUUGUGGUAUCUUCGCCGUGGCAGGAUUUCGUUUUGGGAGUCUGGUACGCAAGGAUAUCGACGAUGUCAAGAUUGUUAAUAACGAUCUGGGUGACACGUAUAAUAAAAGAAUGGCGUGCUGCGUGAACGCGCACUGGGCGGCUCUAGAAUUCGCGGAACAUCUUGAAAAUACCUUCUCCUUAAAUAUCGGAAUAGAAUUACUGGUAGUGACGAUAGGAAUAAGUAUUACAUUAUUUCAAGUUACGUUGCGAUCAGGCGACACCGUGGAAGCCGUGAGAUAUGUACUUUAUGUAUUAGCACAAAUGGUUCAUUUAUUCAUAUUUUGUUGGGAAGGCCAAAGAUUGAUAGAUCACAGUUUGCUAAUGCGUGACAAAAUAUAUAGUUGCACCUGGUAUAAGAAAUCUGCAAAGUCGCAAAGGCUGAUUCUGGACGUAUUACAAAGGAGCCUGCGACCCAAGUUUUUGAGUGCUGGCAAGGUGUUUAUUUUUUCUCUGCAAGGUUUCACCACGGUCACGUUACAAUCAGAUGACAGCUUAGAAGCUUUGAGGUACUUAAUCUAUGUAAUCAUACAAUUUGUUCACAUGUUCGUCUUUUGUUGGGAAGGCCAAAGACUGAUAGACCACAGUCUGCUAAUACAUGACAAGAUAUACAGCUGUAGCUGGUAUAAAAAACCUGCGAAAUCGCAAAGAUUGAUCAUGCACGUGUUAAAAAGGAGCUUGCAACCCAAAUUUUUAAGUGGUGGCAGAAUGUUUAUUUUCUCUUUGCAGGGCUUCACCACGAGACCAACUGAUAGACUAUAGUCUGCAAAUGUGUCACAAGAUAUAAGACAACUGCAAAUGUUCCGAAAUAAUUUCUUAAUAAACAAGUUCAAACGAUGAAGCAUUUGUUAGCGGAAACUUUGUCAACGAUUGUUACGUCCUAAUUUGGUACUGAUACAGCUGAUACAGCUGUAAGAUACUCGUGAAAUCGCAACAACUGGUCCUGCAUUCCAAAAAGACUUCAAUAUCUUUACACUCUAAUAUGUCUAGUUUAUGAAAAAAAAGAAAAAAGUUUAUGUAAGAAUAAAAUAUUAUUUUUUAUAUGCAUAAUAUAUAUAUAUAUAUA